CGGAUGGAUUUACUCACUGAAUGUCUUCGGUGAAUCACAAUCCUCCAAACACAACGUGAAAACACGUUAUCUUGAAAUAAUUAAUAUAAACCGUCUCGCUGGUGAUCGUGCCAGGCACACUGAAUUUGAAACGCCGCGCACUAACGGAACUUGAAUGUAGUUUAAUAUCAUUAAUAUCACAUACCUUGACAAGUCAAGAGUGCUGAAUGUCUGUUUAACAUCUAGAGAAAAAGAAAGACAAACUACAAGAAGUUUUAAGAGGAAAAUACUGGAGAAAAAAAGAACUGAAGUACCUGCGCUGAUCACCUUGCCGACGAGAAGGUCUGCGGUGUGUGAGUGGGAUGUCUGCAGAUCGGCUGUGGCCUGACUAUGGUGAAACACCAACCGCUACAGGUGUAUGAGAGACAACUGUGUUUGUCCUGUCUGACCGGGAUCUACGGCUGCCGCUGGAAACGGUACCAACGCUCCCAUGACGACAGCUCCAAGUGGGAAUGUUCAUGGUUCUUCCUCCUCUGCUGUUCGUUUCUCCUUCUCCUCGUCUGGUCCUACUUCUGGUUGGAGGCUCGUAAUGACUACAACGAGUUCAACUGGUUGUUAUAUAAUCGUUCAGCCGUUUGGAAGGAUGGCACAGUCCCUAUUCUCGCCACAACACUCACAGGAUUCACUUACACUGCAUUUUUAAUGAUUCUUGCACUUUGUCACAUUGCACUGGGACAGCAGCUUAAUUUGUACUGGAUUCAUAAGAUUGUAGUUUUGGCUAUUCUGCUCACCACCAUAACAGGAGUGGUGUCCAUUGAUGAUUUUUGGCAGGACGAAUGGGACAUUGUCAUCAUUUCUCUCCAGUUCACAGGGCCGUUUCUACACAUCGGGGCUUUAGCUGUGGUCACAGCACUAGGGUGGGUCAUCGCUGGUCAGGUGGUUCGCUUGGAAAGAUCCAGGCUUCAAGUUGUAAUGCUGGUAAUUUAUGUGAGUGUCCUCGUGGUUCUCUAUCUGGUUCCUCUCUUCAUCUCUUCUCCGUGCAUCAUGGACCGGUCCAAGCUCGGUCCUCGUCCUGCUGUCAUUGGCCGUCGUGGAGCUCCAAUGCUCGCUCCAGAACACACCAUUAUGUCCUUCAGUAAAGCACUGCAACAGAAGGUCACUGCCCUGGAAGCAGAUGUUACCAUCAGUCUGGAUGGAGUGCCUUUUUUGAUGAGGGACCGCACACUACGCAGAACCACCAAUGUGGACAAACUGUUUCCGUCCCGUCAGGACCACGACGCCUCGUUCUUUAACUGGACAGAGAUUCGCAGUCUCAAUGCUGGACUUUGGUUCCUCAGGGAUGACCCGUACUGGACAGUGCAGUACAUGUCCGAAAAAGACCGCAACCGCACGGCCAAUCAGACGGUGUGUAGCCUCGCGGAGCUGCUGCGUCUGGCUGCUAGAACGAACCGCUCCGUGAUCUUCAGCCUGCGGCGACCUCCGCCCCAACACCCCCGGCAUCAGCUCUGGGUCAGUGAUGCACUGAAGGUGAUUCAGAGAUCCAGCAUCCAACCAGAACAGUUCUGUCUUACAGACAGAACAUGGGGAGAAGCUAUGCAGAAGCUAUGGAGAACUUGGGAAGAAGCUAGGACCCUUACACAGGUGAUGUGGACGCCUGACUGGUACAGGAAGAAGGUGCGUGCAGCGGUUCCUCUCCUUAAGCAGACGUCAGAUGAGAAACUUCCUGUGGCUGAGCUGAAAGAAAGAGGGAUCAGUACUCUGACCCUGCACUACAGCCAGGCCAGAGCUCAGGAUAUCAGGCAGUUUUCUGGCAGUAACGUGAGUGUGAACGUGUAUCCGGUGAACGAGCCGUGGCUGUAUUCGCUCAUGUGGUGCAGCGGGGUUCAGUCCGUCUCUUCUGAUGCUCCACACAUCUUGAAGAAAGUGCCUAAUCCUAUCUGGAUCAUGAGUGCGGAAGAAUAUGGCCUGAUAUGGAUCACCUCAGAUUUAAUAUCUGUGGCACUUGUCAUCGGCAUCUUCAUUUUUCAAAAGUGGAAGAUGAGUGGUAUGCGCAGCUACAACCCUGAGCAGAUCAUGCUAAGCGCUGUAGUACGUCGGCCGAGUCGUGACGUCAACCUCAUGAAGGAGAAACUGAUCUUCUCAGAGAUCAACAACGGUGUUGGGAGCACAGAUGAGCUCUCCGCAUACACAGGAAACGGACUGGGCGUGUAUGCACGCGAUGACAUCAUGACACCCGUACGUCACGCAACGAAACUUUAGUGACGACGUGAAUCCAUUUUAUGGAGCUCAAAAUAAUUAAUUUAGGCCGAGUUGCUUUUUGAACAUUCAUCUCCAAUGGGUCUUUAUUUUGGACGGUUUUCGUUGGUUCUCGGACACUCUGGCACUGUAUUCCACUGAUUCAGUGUUCUGCUUUGAUGCCUUACAUACUGAUGUAUUUUUUUCUGUGUCGAACCAUAUUUAAAAUGGAGCUAUUGUAAAGUUUAGGUAAUAAAAGUGUCCUGUUAUUAAUGUUUCUGAAGAUGAAUGGAUUUAAUGUUAAAGCAUGCAGAAAUCAGAUUCAGAGAUUCAGAGCCCUUGACUGUAGGCUGAUAUGAUUAUUUAUUUUUUAUUUAUUUUAUUUUUGUAAAAUAUUAUUUGCUUGCUGAUGAUUCAUAUAUAAUUGCACUAGCCUAAGAUCAGUUUUCUUCUACCUUGCUAUGUCGAUGUCUUUUUAAGUAAUUUGUUUUGUAAUUAAAUCUCUGAAUUGCAUUCAGUGAGUGUAUUUCAUGAGGUGUUCAAAUGGGUUUUAAAGGUAAUUAUUGCUGGAAAUUAAUCAGUAUCCACCUUAUUUUUCCUGUAAGAGCGGGCAUGGCCAUUUUGUAAAUUUUAUGAGUCUAGCUUCCGCUUUUAUCCGCAUUCAGCUAUUUGUAGCUGUACAAAACAGCUUGCAAUAUUGCAAAUUGGUGUGUUGUACCAUGCUAUUUUAAUGUAUUAUCUUAAAGGGGUCAUUGGA